CGCAGCCUCCGCGGCGUUUCUGUUUGUGUUGGGAUCUCAGCUGACACGGCUGAUGCGGUUCGAGUGACCGGCCGGGGCGCCGCCGCCACCUCCACCACCACCACCACCGGAGGAUUGCGGCCUACAUCCCGGUAAGACCAUGAAUUGUGAUAUUUCUUUACUGAAGCAUUCAUGAAUGAAGUGAGAGAAUGUCAUAUAAAAAUAAAUGAUUUCAAAUUAUGUCUAUUAAUUUCACUUUAGAUAUAUAUAUUUACCUCCUUAGUAAUGCAAGAAGUCUUUGGGGCAAGCAGAGAAGCCAGCGACUGCAUUUUGUUUGCACACCUAAUCAUUACCACAGGAUAAGCCAUAUCAACCUACAAAGAAGUUUUCAUAUAAGCAAAGUAAGAUGUAAAUGGACAAGAAAUGAAGCCUUUUUCUGUGAUAAGCACUGGUACUUUCCAAGCAACCAUGCUUUACGAAUUGGAUUUUUGAAACUUAGCACUUCUGCUCCCAAAGGACUUACAAAAGUGAACAUUCGUAUGUCCCGUAUUAAAAGCACUUUGAACUCUGUAUCAAAGGCUGUUUUUGGCUAUCAAAAUGAAAUGAUUUCACGCUUAGCUCAAUUUAAACCAAAUUCUCGAAUAUUAAGAAAAGUAUCAGAUAGUGGCUGGUUCAAACAGAAAAAUGUUAAGCAAGUUAUUAAAUCUCUGAAAAAAUACAGUGACAAAUCAUCAGAAAAGAGUCCUGCAGAAGAGAAAAGCCACACUAUAGAUAAAGACGAAGACAUAGGGAAACAGAGCCUUUAUCAUUACACAAGUAGUAUAACCACAAAAGUUGGAGAGUCAUUUGUCUUUUUAUCAAGUCACAUUAACUCCUACUUCAAUCGUGAAGGGAAGAUGUCUCAAAUAAAGGAAAGUAAACAUGUCCAGGACCAACCAGAGGUUGGCAAGCUUGAAGAAGUGAAGUCCAGUUCUUUAGAUCCUGGAGUUGCUACACCUACUACAGAUAAGGCAGGCUCACAGUCUUCCAUAGACACGGCAGAGAAGCCUGCAAGUCCAACUGGGAUGUCUGAACUCCUUCCAGUUUCUACUAAACAAAGUAUUGCUAACUUUCUUUCUCGUCCCACUGAAGGUGUACAAGCUUUAGUAGGUGGCUAUAUUGGUGGACUUGUCCCCAAGUUAAAGUAUGAUUCAAAGAGUCAAUCAGAGGAACAGGAAGAGUCUACUAAGACCGAGCAAGCAAUCAGCAAAGACAAAACUACAGAGGAUAAAAAGCAUUUAUCUCUUCAGCGAGAAAAGAUUAUUGCAAGAGUGAGUAUUGAUAAUAGAACCCGGGCCUUAGUUCAGGCUUUAAGAAGAACAACAGACCCAAAGCUCUGCAUUACUAGAGUUGAAGAAUUGACUUUUCAUCUGCUAGAAUUUCCUGAAGGAAAAGGGGUAGCCGUCAAGGAAAGAAUUAUUCCAUAUUUAUUACGACUGAGACAAAUUAAAGAUGAAACUCUUCAGGCUGCAGUUAGAGAAAUUUUGGCCUUAAUUGGUUAUGUGGAUCCAGUGAAAGGGAGAGGAAUCCGAAUUCUUACAAUUGAUGGUGGAGGAACAAGGGGUGUAGUUGCUCUUCAGACACUUCGGAAAUUAGUUGAGCUUACUCAGAAGCCAAUUCAUCAGCUCUUUGAUUACAUUUGUGGUGUAAGCACAGGUGCCAUUUUGGCUUUUAUGCUGGGAUUGUUUCAUAUGCCUUUGGAUGAAUGUGAGGAACUUUAUCGAAAAUUAGGAUCAGACGUAUUUUCCCAAAAUGUGAUUCUUGGAACAGUCAAAAUGAGUUGGAGCCAUGCAUUUUAUGACAGUCAGAUGUGGGAAAAGAUUCUUAAGGAUAGAAUGGGAUCUGCACUGAUGAUUGAAACAGCAAGAAAUCCUAUGUGCACUAAGGUAGCUGCUGUAAGUACCAUAGUAAACAGAGGGAUAGCACCAAAAGCUUUUGUGUUUAGAAACUAUGGUCAUUUUCCUGGAAUCAACUCUCAUUAUUUGGGUGGCUGUCAGUAUAAAAUGUGGCAAGCAAUUAGAGCCUCAUCUGCUGCUCCCGGCUACUUCGCAGAAUAUGUAUUGGGAAACGAUCUUCAUCAAGAUGGAGGCUUGCUUCUGAAUAACCCAUCAGCGUUGGCAAUGCACGAGUGUAAAUGUCUUUGGCCAGAUGUCCCAUUAGAGUGCAUAGUGUCCUUGGGCACUGGGCGUUAUGAGAGUGAUGUGAGAAACACAGCAACAUAUACAAGCUUGAAAACCAAACUUUCUAAUGUUAUCAACAGUGCUACAGAUACAGAAGAAGUUCAUGUAAUGCUUGAUGGUCUGUUACCUCCUGACACAUACUUUAGAUUCAAUCCUGUCAUGUGUGAAAAUAUACCUCUAGAUGAAAGUCGAAAUGAAAAGCUGGAUCAGCUGCAGUCAGAAGGGUUGAAGUAUAUAGAACGGAAUGAACAAAAGAUGAAGAAACUUGCAAAAAUACUAAGUCAAGAAAAAACAACUCUGCAGAAAAUUAAUGAUUGGAUAAAGUUAAAAACUGACAUGUAUGAAGGCCUUCCAUUCUUCUCAAAGUUGUGAUGAGUGUAUGCAAAUAAGGGCCUGACCAGAUCCACCAAAGGAAUUGGGGGAUUCAGCCUAAACUAACUUGGAAAUACUUUUUAAUCCUGCAGAAUCCUAAGGCAGACAGCUUACACAGCACAGAGGAUAUACUUGCUUACAAAAUUCAUGUGGGAAUUAGUUUUUAAGAUGUUAAUAGUUAACUAAGCUUUAGGAAUUUUAUUGUGGUAAUUGGUUUUAGUAGAUACUGGUGUAAAAUUGUUUAAUGUUUGAAAAUGUAUUAAUAUAUGUGCCAAACCAGAAACUGAAAAUUAUACUCUGUAUUUUUGUUUUAGUCAUUGUAAUCAUGUUGAACUUACGUGAUCAUUGAUUUUAUCCUAUGUGGAAAUUUCUCCAGCUAGUUUGUUUUUACAUUUACCAGUGUUUUUGCUGAUACAUUCUAUAAUCCAGUACCUUUAUUGUAAUCUAAAUUGAUGCAUAAAAUGGAAUUUUCUCUAUUAAAAUACUUUUACAUUUAAAGUAUGAAAGAACAAGAUUCAGUUUUCUAUUAAAAAUUUACUUAUUUCAACAUUGUUUGGUUAAAAAAGAUAGAUGAAUUUCCAUUGUAACACCCUUUUUCUCUGAAAUGUCAAGGUACUGAUGUGUGUUAGCUUUUCUACAUCUAGCUUAUCACUCACUGUUACAAAAUUAAUGAGAAAAUAUUCCUGUCAUUAACAUAAAUAAACUGUUGAAAUAAUGGUAA